AUGGCGGCCCCACAGGGCAGGGAGCUCUUCGACCCCGUUUCCUUCGGGAAGGACCUGCUGGCCGGCGGCGUGGCGGCCGCCAUCUCCAAGACAGCGGUGGCGCCCACUGAGAGGGUGAAGCUGCUGCUGCAAGUGCAGGCGUCGUCCAGGCAGAUCCAGGCGGACCGGCAGUACAAGGGCAUGGCAGACUGCUUCGUGCGCAUCCCCCGGGAGCAAGGAUUUCUCAACUUUUGGCGUGGCAAUUUGGCAAAUGUUACACAAUAUUUCCCAACACAGGCUCUAAAUUUUGCUUUUAAGGACAAAUACAAACAGAUUUUCAUGUCCAAAGUGGAUAAAGAAAAACAGUUCUAGAAAUGGUUUUCGGCAAACUCGGCAGCUGGCGGAGCAGCAGGAGCAACAUCCCUGUGUGUAGUGUACCCGUUAGACUUCGCACGAACUCGUUUAGCUGCUGAUUUUGGGAAAGGUGCUGGCGAGCGGCAGUUCCAGGGACUUGCCGACUGCAUCAUAAAAAUUGCAAAGACAGAUGGACUUGGCGGCCUGUACCAGGGGUUUGGUGUUUCAGUGCAGGGAAUCAUUGCAUACCAAGCCUCCUACUUUUGAUGUUAGGACACCAUUAAGGGAUUAUUGCCAAAUCCAAAGCAAACUCCGUUCAUUCUUUCCUUUUUCAUUGCUCAACUUGUGACUACAUUCUCAGGAAUGCUGUUUUAUCCUUUUGACACUGUCAGGAGACGCGUGAUGAUGCAGAGUGGAGAGACCAAACGUCAAUAUAAGGGAACCGUUGACUGCUUUAUGAGAAUAUACAAGCGAGAGGGGCUUAGUGCUUUCUUCCGUGGAGCAUUCUCCAACAUCCUCCGUGGAACAGGAGCAGCCUUAGUGCUUGUUCUUUACAACAAAAUUAAGGACAUUCUUAACAUCAACGUUUCCAAGAGUUCAGGAUCUGAGUAA